CCUCCGCGGGGGUCGGCGGUCCGCGCCUCUCAGCGUCUCGGGAGCCGGCGCGGGCCGGAGCGGCGCGCCGUGUGUUCGGGCAUGCCCCGCUACGAGCUGGCUUUGAUCCUAAAAGCCAUGCAGCGGCCGGAGACCGCCGCCGCCCUGAAACGGACGAUCGGAGCCCUGAUGGACAGAGGGGCGGUGGUGAGGGGCUUGGAAAGCCUGGGCGAACGCGCACUGCCGUACCGGAUGUCGGCCCACAGCCAGCGGCACAGCCGAGGAGGGUAUUUCUUGGUGGAUUUUUAUGCACCAACAGCAAGUGUGCACAGCAUAAUGGAUCACUUGUCUCGAGACAUUGACGUGAUCAGACCUAACAUCAUGAAGCACCCUCUGACCCAGGAAGUGAAGGAGUGUGAAGGGAUUGUCCCCGUCCCGCUCGAAGAAAAACUGUAUUCCACCAAGAAGAGGAAGUGAGAAGAUUCACCAGAUUUGGGCCUUGUGUUUAAUUCACUGUCUUCAGAGCAUCGUGGAUUAAUCACUUACAAGCUUGGCCUUUGUAAUAAGUGGGCCCCAGGGGCCGUUUGAGUUUUCUAGGCACUGUUAGCUCCUGGUCCCCUUUGCUGUGGGGGGCGGGGGACGGCGGCCGGAGCCACUCUGCGACCUGCGUGGUGCCGGCAGGUGGUUCCCGCCUUCGCUAGAUUCAGUGCAGUGUCUCUGUCAGUGAGGUCGCCCCGCCCUGCGACACUCACGCCAUUUUAAGUGACAAAACAUGAAACUGUCUCGGAUCGCGAGCUGGUCAUUCAGACUGUAUAGCUUUGUGAAAUAAAAUACCACUGUAAAACCA